AGAACUGAGAGUCGCCUCUUUUGUUAUAAUAAGAAUUAUAAGGGUGUUAUUUAUGGCACGUCUGCUUUAUGUAAAUUCAAGCAACUGUAAUCUGUCUGAAACUGUUAAGUGAUGGGUAGUAAUGCCAAGGGAAAUCUCUUUUCAGACUCACCUCGCUUUGAGCUACAAUAUUCUUUUGCUUUAAUAUCUUUUCUGUUUGGCACCAAUUGCUCAGUGAGCCAUGCUGUAUUAUAUCACAAUUUCAGUGCAAAGGUUCAUCGAUCGGCACAUCAAUUUAUUGAUUUCUUGAAAUCUGUUAGUGUUGCAUUUUGCAGGUCGAUGAAGGUUCAGAACUUCCGCCAUAGAAAUUACUAUCACCGAAAAAGAUCUUCAGAAUGUUGGUCAAAUUAUUUUGCUGCAGAGCCCUACUGUCACUAAUUAAUUUUUUCUGUGUGUUUCAGAGAGUGCGAUAGAAAGCUGGCUGAUAUGUCUCCUGUAUUUAUUGGUGAUGGAUUUCGGAAGAAGUCCAGAUUUUAUUAUAAGGGAGAUGGUUUUUACUACUACAAGAAUAGGACAUUAGUAAACGAAUCAGCUUCUCUGAGGUGUAUCAAUUGGAAAAGACUUCGUUGUCCUGGUAGAGCUGUGGCAUCAAAAGACUGGAAGUCCUUGACUAUCAGUACUGACCACACAUGUAUGCCUAAUUAUAAUUUCUGUAAAGUACGGAAGCUGAGACAAGCAAUUAUAGCCAGGUGCUCCUCUCGAGAUACUACUCGUCCUAAAACUAUUGUUUCUCAAGAGAGUGAGUGUUACUCAAGAGACAUCAGACUUCAAUGCUCAGCCAAAAUAUUGAGGUCAGCCAUUAGAAGAGCAAGGAUGAGAGUGGUACCUCGUCUACCCCAUACCCUUUCUCAACUGGAUGAGGUACUUCGGAGUGAGCAAUUUAAGCAUCUCACCAUGACCAAGUCUGGAGAUGGUUAUUUGUAUGCUGGAAGUUGUGGCUCAGCCAGGAUGCGUUCCAGGUGUCUUAUCUUUCAAUCUCCAACUAUGAAAGAAAUUAUGUGUACCUCUGCUAAAGAGGUUUUUGCUGAUGCUACAUGGGAUGGGAGGCCAUCCUGUCCUAAUAGUAGCCAAGUCUUCUCCAUGACUACAUUAUUAAAUAAUCAGAUUCUUCCCUUGUGUGUUUGUUUAAUGGAGAGCAAAUCAGAACACACAUAUACCAUUCUUCUGCAAGCAAUAAAAGAAUUGAACCCUGGUUUCAAACCAGAUAAAAUUCACACUGAUUUUGAAUUUGCUGAGUACAACAGUUUCAAAAAAAUAUUUGUAGAUGCAAUUGUUGAAGGAUGUUUGUAUCACUACAGUAAUAAUCUUAGUGCUCAAGCAAACAAGCUUGGUUUAGCACGCUUUAUUGCUGCUAAUGAAACAAUUGAUUCUUUGGUAAGGAGCUGCCUUGCCAUUCCUCUUGUGCCCACCCCCAGAAUUCCAGAAGCAUUAGCAGCUGUUAUGACUAGAGCUAGUGAGGAAAAUUUUUAUCGUGUCCUUGAUCCUUUCUUCAAGUAUGUUUAUGAAGAGUAUAUUGCAAAGAGGACUCAUGUGCUCUCUGUAUACGGAUCCGAAAACCGUACAAACAAUGUUGCCGAGAGUUGGAACAAUUCUCUGCAAUUGGCAAUGAAUGUGAGACGACCAAAUGUGUUCAAUUUCAUCAAUGGUCUGCUUACUUUGGAAGAACAGGCAGCUCAAGAUUAUUUUGACAUUAACAGGGGUGAGAACACCACAAGAGGACGAAAAGUCAGUGCUCUUGUUAAUGAUGCCAGGAUAUGCAAUUUAACUAGAUUACUAGAUAGGAACCAGAUAACUAUGAGUAAUUUCCUUAGAAAUGCAUCCAGAACAUUAGAGAAUCCUUACAGACGCCACUGCCCACGCCCUCCCCCCCAAGUUUAAACCUUUUGCACUUGUGUAAUUGUUUACCAGCAUAAAAUUUCAUUGACUAGUGUAAUAAGAAAAUUUCAAGUUCUUAAUAAUCACCCAUGGCACCUGUUUCAAUAUCUUCUUUGUAAAUUUGAAGUGUUCCAUAUUUUUGUGUUGAUUUUCAUUCUUCCAUGGAUACCUAAGGGGAUGGUUCAUUAAGCUGCCAAGUAUAUCUUGAGUAUUGUGCCAUAGACAUUGUUGAAAUUAACAUGGUGUGAAAUGAGCAUUUGCCUUGGACGUUUUCUGCGGGUUGCACAAAAUAACUUGGGUUGAAUUUUUUGUCUUGUGAUAUAUUUUUGUCAUGUUGGAAUAUUUGUGUGAGCAUGACUGUUUUAUUAUUCUUGUAAGUCUAAGAUGUGUGAUAUUUCAAGCCUUUGUCAACUACCAUAAUAUUCUGUAAAGUUUUCAAUCUCAAUGGUUCAGAACCAAGUGUACUGUUAAGUUGAAUAUGUUAUGAAAGUAAUGUAGUAAUCUUGUAUGUUUCAUGCUCUCUGCGCAACCAUUUUAUGCUCUCAGUCGACAAUACUUGGUUUACGUAAUGAGAUGCAUGAUUGUAUUGUAAUUUCAGCAUUUAGUUACCUCAGGAAAGUGAUAUGUGAUAUAGUAUUGUAUCUUACAAAUAAAGUACGCCACUCUUUAUUCA